AAUCUUUCAGUAUAGAGUUAAAAUGUCAAGAAGAUAAUAUUCAAAAGGAACUUCAACUCUCGGAAAGACUUACCAAAAAACAAAACAAAGAAAUCAGGGAUAAAUGCAGUGUGAAUGAAUAUUUAAAGCUCUCUAGUCAAUUUUUUGUUGAUCCAACAAUUUUCUGCCUUCUCCGCCAGUAUCAUAGCGGAACUAAUUGUAACACAGGAUCACCAACUUUGUCACUUCCAUCUUUACCUGUACAGCCUGAUUCUGCUAGUAUGAAGAAAAAGUCUAAAGGCAAAAAUAAAGAGCCACUUUUCUCCACACAAAAUCAAACAAAAACAAUACCACAGAAGAGAAAUAUAGAUUAUUUAAAAUCGGGGAACAAAGGUCACAAGCCAAAUUCGAUAAACCCUACUCCACUUAGUAACACUACAGACACUUCAAACAAUUCGGAUAAUUUACAGAUAAAACAAAACUCGAUGAGUUUUGGCUAUCGAGACUCAAAGCCAAGAUUCAGUUCAUCAAAUAAGAAUUCUUCAGAUCACACAACUUCUUCAUGCACAGAGCACGGAUCAAGUAUAAGACCGGAGCCAUCAGCUUUAGAGCUAAGAUUCUGGGAAAUGGCCAAGGAACUAGAUAAUUCUCCUUUGGCGAGCCUAAAGGAGGAAAAUCGAGUCAAGGUUCCUAAAAUUCGUACGGAAAUGAAUUAUAUAGCAUCUAAAAAUUAUAAAGGUUCUUCCAAACCGCAAAAUAUUGUGAAUAAACUUGAAGUCAUCCUUUCAGUCGCAUUUUAUAAUCAAAAUAAACCAGCCACUCGUAUGCAGGAAUUUUUGGUUUUGGGAAGUCAACCUCUAACAGCUCUGAGAGAUGCUUUCUAUUGUUUGCGUGAUUUUUACAAAGUUACACCGUGGGAACAACCAACAAAAAACGUCAUAACAAAUUUAACGGAUAAGAAAACAUCUUCCAGCUAUUUUUUUAUUGAAAAUGUGUUUUAUAAUGACUUAAGAGAUCCAAGAGCUAUCGACUACAGCAAGAAUAUCAUAGAAUGGGUCAAGGAAAAAAAUUUAUAUAAACAGAGAGGGUUAGGUCUUUAUAGCAGUAAGAAGAUGGAAGAAAUGACAUUCAUUGAACUGUCAAUAAGGUUGAAUUAUCCUUACCUGUUCGUCCAUCAAGGAAAUUGCCAGCAUGCCGUGGUGUUCAGGGAUUUACGUAUAAUGCAACCUUACGAUGAACAAGACUUAUCAGCUUAUCCUAAAGCAAUAUUCCGGGGUAAAAUCAAUCGACAUAAAUGUCGCAUGUGUAUGCAGCGACCUACUCUUCUCGUGACCAUUAAUGAUUUCAUAUCGGGCGAAUCUCCUGCUUACUUUUGCGACCCUUGCUACUAUCAAUUUCAUUACAACUCCAAAAAUGAAUUACUUUAUGAUAAUUUUCAG